AUGGAUGGGUUUCCUGGGUAUAAUCAAAUCAAAAUGGAACCUGAAGAUGAAGAGCUCACUGCUUUUCGAACACCAAAAAACAUUUAUUGUUACACAGUUAUGCCAUUUGGGCUUAAAAACGCAGGGGCAACCUACCAAAGGGCAAUGACCACUGUCUUUGAAGACAUGCUUCACAAUACUAUCGAAUGUUAUGUCGAUGAUUUGGUGGGGAAAACUAAAGAAAUGAGAAAUCAUCUUGAUGACUUAAGGCGAGUCUUUGAUAGACUUCAAAAACACCAGCUCAAGAGAAAUCCUUUAAAAUGUCCAUUUGGGGUAACAUCAAGAAAGUUCCUCGAAUUCGUUGUUAGACAUCGAGGAAUUGAAAUUGACCCCGUCAAAAUAAAAGUGAUUUUUGAAAUGCCUCCCCCACGCAACUUGCGUCAACUACGGGGACUGCAAGGAAGACUGGCUUAUGUUCGAAGGUUCAUCUCAAAUCUAUCUGGUAGAUGCCAACCUUUCACAAGACUAAUGCGAAAAAAUGUACCAUUCAUAUGGGAUGAGGCAUGCCAAAAUGCUUUUGAAAGUAUCAAGCGAUACUUGUUACAUCCACCAGUGUUGAGAGCUCCAAUUUUUGGAAAGCCAUUGAUAUUGUAUAUCACAACAUUAGAUCGCUCUUUAGGAGCAUUGCUGGGACAAGAUAAUGAGGAUGGAAAGGAGGUCGCCCUUUACUAUUUAAAGUUUGAAGUCAACUUUGUCUCGCAAAAAGCAAUAAAAGGACAAGCAUUGGCUGAUUUUCUGGCAGUGCACCCGAUUUCAGACAAUAUGGAGUUGCAUGAGGACCUUCCAAACGAGGAAGUUUUCACAAUUGAAACCUUAUCUUGGCAACUUUACUUUGAUGGGGCAACAAAGAAGUGUGGGGCAGGUGCUGGCAUUGUCUUUGUGACACCUUAUGGAGUACUGAUACCUAAUUCUUUUCACAUUCUGGCUAUAUGUACCAAUAAUGUAGCAGAAUAUGAAGCGUUAAUAAUCGGUCUCAAAAUUGCACUUGAAAUGAAAAUACAAUCACUGGAGGUAAAUGGCGAUUCUCUUCUGAUUAUCAAACAAAUGAAUGGUGAAUUAGCAGUCAAGCAUGAGGCUUUAAUUCCUUAUCAUGAGAAGGCUAAGCAUUUGAUUGCUCAAUUCCAAACUAUCACGUUAAAUCAUGUCCCUAGGUCAAAAAAUGGCAAAGCUGAUGCUUUAGCUAAAUUACCUGCAUCACUAACACUUCUUGGUGAAAGGGAUAUUCAAAUUACAUAUAGGAAAGAAGAAAUAAGUACCAUAAAUUUGGUAACUUUCCUUGAAAAUACAAACGACAAUGACUGGCGCCAACCAAUUAUUAACUAUAUCCAAAAAGGAGUCUUGCCAGAAGAUUUGAAAAGAAGAGUGGACGUAAAAGGAAGAGCUCUUCGAUUUGUUAUCCUCAAUGACACAUUGUAUAAACGUUAUUUUGAUGGGAUGUUGCUAAGAUGUCUUUCAAAAGAAGAGGCAUCACGUGCUCUUCAAGAAACUCAUGCUGGUACAUGUGACCAAGGCGGCUGCAAAUUGUCAUCUCAAUUGAAAUAG